GGGGCGCAUUUACUCCAAUAGAAGGUGGAUUUUAUAAACCUUAAAAACAUGUGAAUCCGUAAAAAUAUCCUAUAAAACUACUGUAAAUCAUAAAAAAAGUCAAUUUUAUUUAAAUGUUUCAAAUCAUUUGAAUACCUGACACAGGUGCGCUGAAUUAGAGCAUUCAAAAAAGUGAACAAACCAAGGUCAUAUUUGUGACGAAACAAAGCAACAUCAUGAAGACCUUUGACCUUUGAAAUAAUGAGAUCAAGUUUUAACUAGUGAAUUUUCGGAAACAUUUCUUGUGAAUGCAUUAUGCAACUGAUCUAUUAUCGUAAACCUGAACUUUGCUGUAAAAUACGAAUAUAUCGUACUUCACACAUGAGCCAACUUAGUUGCGAGCGGGCGGCACGACAAAAUUCUCGAAAAUUCGUAAUAUCACGGCUCAAGUGCAUGAGGUCAAUUACCGAGUGAGAUAAACAGUGAAGAUAUGUCAAGGACAAUCUUUGUGACUGGUUUCGGACCGUUCGCUGGCCACGAAGAGCGCAACGCCAGCUGGGAAGCGGUUAAACUUCUCCCCGACCGGUGCAGCUACAAGAAUGUCACAUACGCGAUAAAAAAGAUACAGAUUCCGGUGACCUACGAAGCGGUGGACGAUGUGGUUCCAAAAAUUUGGCGAGAGCAUCCCACGCUGGUGAUACACGUCGGGGUCCACGGACGCAUCGAAACGAUCAAUCUGGAGAAGUGUUCCUACACUAGCGGCUACUGUCGGCCUGACUUCGCCAACAAGUGUUUACCGUGCGAUAAGAUAAAGCUGAGAAGUGUGGCGGGCGAUGACCAGUGUAAACUGCUGGAAACCAAACUGAACCUGGAGGCAAUCGCCGACGAGAUUGAUACCGUCAAAUGCUGUUGCUCGACGGAAGUUGGUAGUUACCUGUGCGGAUAUAUCUAUCUGAAAUCGUUGGAUAUAAACCAGGAGAGAACGCUGUUCAUUCACGUGCCAGACAUUGACCGACCUUACAGUUCCGAGCAGACGAAAAAUGCCAUAUUUCAAGUGCUGGAACGUUGCAUCUGGCAACUGGAUGCCAACGAAAAAUUUUGACGAGUUUAAUGCUGGCUAUGGGAAUGUUCGGAUGGAAUUGAUCAUCAAUUUUACUGCUUCAAGAUAUAAUUUAUGAAUAAAGCUUAGUUCGACCUAACCAUUUCUCCCGGGGUUUGUUUAGUAAUCCCGCUUUGCGUCACACUUAGGAUUGCUUCUUCCACUGCUUGAACCAGCUGUUCGUCGGAUUGCAUUUGCUUAGGGAUUAACUAUAACAUAUAAGUACAUUUUAAAUAGAUGUAAAACGAGCAAUAUAUGUAAUG